AUGGCGUUCACAGUUGGGUCCUUUCCAAUCUCUUGUUCUUCAUCAUCAUCUUGGUGGUGGCACAAGCAUCAAUUUCAGAGGUGGCUCAUCACCAAUCCCAAGUCCUUCUUGCGCAGAAGCAGUGAAGCACCUGCCUCAGCUUCUGAAGAUGAUGACCGGUUGGAGAUACAUUGGCCUGUUGUUGAUCGUCGGAGACUUCUCAUGUCUUCCUCUAUUGCGGUGUUGACACUCACUUACUUCAAUGGAGAUGAUGAUGCACCUGCCCUGGCCGCUUCUCAGUAUGCUGACAUGCCUGCAUUGAGGGGGAAGGAUUACGGGAAGACCAAGAUGCGGUACCCUGACUACGUUGAAACAAACUCAGGUCUUCAGUAUAAGGACUUGCGAGUUGGGGAUGGGCCAACACCCAAGAUAGGAGAGACAGUCGUGGUUGAUUGGGAUGGUUACACCAUUGGUUAUUAUGGCCGCAUUUUUGAAGCUCGCAACAAAACAAAAGGUGGUUCCUUCGAGGGCAGUGAGAAGGAGUUCUACAAAUUCAAAAUCGGAUCUGACGAGGUUAUACCCGCAUUUGAGGAAGCCGUUUCAGGCAUGUCGCCUGGUGGUGUGAGAAGGAUAAUUGUUCCUCCAGAACUAGGAUAUCCUGACAAUGACUACAACAAGAAGGGCCCCAGGCCAACAACAUUUUCUGGACAGCGAGCGCUGGAUUUUGUGCUGAGAAACCAGGGAUUGAUAGACAAAACUCUCUUGUUUGAUAUUGAACUCUUGAAAAUUGUUUCAAGUUGA